AUGUCAGCACUAAAAGAGGGACUAAGAGAAGUGGAUCAGCUACUUACACAACAAAUUGAUAACUCUCAAUAUGACCCUCACCAAUCUCAUAACGAGCGUCGUGAAAUACGUAGGAAAUAUAGAAAGCUGACUGAGACCAUCGCUGAAAAACGAAGAGAACUUAGUCGACAAGAUGACGGCGACACUUUAUACCACUAUUUAGAUAAAGCCAAUGUUCUUUUCGCGGAUGUUAGGAAUGUUCAAGAGGCAGUAUUGGAUUCCAAACUGCUUACAAUUACAUCUGAUAUCAAUAGUCAGAAAGCGAGAAACAUAAAACUUGGUACAGAGAACGAAGUGAACAUUGAUAAAGUUGUGCAAAAAGUGAUCACUGCGUCAAAAAGAGGUCUUCAUCAUGUCGAAGAUGAGCGUUUGGAUUGGGAGUACAUUGGUAAGACAGCCUGUAUCUUUGGUAAGCGUGCUCAUACAAUGGAUUUUCUAUUGGGACCAUUGGCGGUGGAGCAUAAGCAGAAUAAGAGGGGAAAGGUCAACCGAUUAGUAAAGAAUAAAGAAGACCUUGUUACUCCUGCCAGAUUAGAGGAAGGCGAUAUUCAAAAGCAAGAAAAUGAAACAUCGAACAAUGUUAACAAUAUUUACAGGAUUUUGGCUGAAAUUGGGCCGAUCAAUUAUUUCAAAUUUGUCACCAACCCUGAGUCAUUCUCUCAAACCGUUGAAAACAUCUUCUAUGUAUCGUUUUUGACCAGAAAUAGCGUAGUUAAUAUUGAUACAACCAGUGGUCAACCCAUUCUUUCUGUAAAAAAUGCACCAAACAUUCAAAGUGUGGAAGAUAUUGUUGAGAAGAAGCAAGUCAUUAUGGGUAUCAGCAUUGAAGAUUGGCAAAACAUCAUUGAGACAUACAAAAUUGAUACAUCCAUUAUACCAACACGACAAAAUAAAGCGAAUGCUGCUUCUGAUAAGGGGUGGUAUUGA